AUGGCUGCUUUGAAGCGCAACCUUGGGGGACAAACAGUCGCUGAUGAGAUGGGCAGAUGCGCAAGCGUCAGGCCAUCACAACCAUCCAACCCAGCGCGAAAAAAGUUCAAAAAUGGGUGGGCUAGAUGGGUUUUGAAACAUUGCCCAGCCAAAUGCCUAAUCCUCAUGGCCCGCGGGUGGCACAUAGCCCGUAAGUCCCUCCGGCAAGCCAUCGGAUCAAUUGCCCGGAGGGACUUAGUUAAGUUAGACAGUCUCAACAGCCGGGAGGAAUCCCUCCCGGCCACCGAGACUGGUCCUGAUGGCCAGGAGGGAUUCCUCCUGGCCAUCGAGACUGUACCCCUCCCGGCCGGGAGGGGUGCAGUCUUAUUCUCCCUUCACCUCGUUAGGAAGGGCGGGAAGGGCGGGUUUGUCUGCCCGCCCCUCGGAAUCCGGUUUUCCCUCGAAAAACAGGAUUCCGAGGGGCGUGCAAGCAAACCCGCCCUCCCUGAGGGGCGGGUUCGAUUGCACGCCCCUUUUGGAGGGGCGUGGGCGUGGGCGUGCGGGGAGGGGGGAGGCAACCAAGCUAUCUCGGUUCUUGGCUGGCUUGCAAACCCACCCGCCCCUCCUGGAGGGGCGGGUGCUUCUGCACGCCCCUCGGAAGGCUGUUUCCUCGAAAAAACAGGAUUCCGAGAGAUUCCGAGGGGCGUGGGCGUGGGUGUGCGGGGAGGGGGAGGGAGUGCGUUUAUCAAUAUCAACGCCCGUUCAGGAGGGGCAGCUGGGAUUGAGAUGGAUGAUCAGUGUUUGGAUGUCUAUCAAGGGCCGGAGAGUACAAUCCAGUGUGAUCUCGUGGGUGUUGAUCCGGCAGGAUUGUAUUUUUUUUGA